UCUUCUGCGAUUGCAGGGAAUGAAGUUAUUACAGUGAAAACACCAGCGUUUGCCGAGUCUGUCACAGAGGGAGACGUCAGGUGGGAGAAAGCUGUUGGAGACACAGUCUCUGAAGAUGAGGUCGUCUGUGAAAUUGAGACCGAUAAGACGUCGGUGCAGGUUCCCUCUCCAGCUGCAGGAGUCAUCGAGGAGCUGCUGGUUCCUGACGGAGGCAAAGUGGAAGGAGGAACUCCUCUGUUCAAACUCAAGAAAGGAGCUGGAGCGGCUAAGACGACAGCAGCACCUCCUCCUGCAGCAGAGACUGCUCCUCCUCCCCCUGCUGCUGCUCCUGCUCCUGCUGCUGCUCCUGCUGCUGGAGGGCCCAUCCCCACCAGCAUGCCCCCUGUACCCCCUGUGCCGGCCCAGCCCAUCCAGUCCAAACCAGUUUCUGCCAUCAAACCCACUGCAGCUCCUGCUGCUGCUGCUGACGCCGGAGCCAAAGCCGCUCGAUCAGAGCACAGGGUGAAGAUGAACCGCAUGAGACAGCGAAUCGCUCAGCGGCUGAAGGAAGCGCAGACCACCUGUGCCAUGCUCACAACCUUCAAUGAAGUCGAUAUGAGGUUUGUUCCUGUAAAAGCAAACCAGCCUACUCCAGAUUAUACAGUCACUGGUUCUUUGAAAUGUGUUUUUAAUACCCUGCCAGUCAAAGGUUGGUGCUCACCUAGUACACAGUUUUGUUAUCAGGAUCUUCUACAUCUCGGAUUUUUAAUCUGCGCAGUCAUUGAUGACACAACCAAAGAGAUCGUGUAUCGGGAUUAUGUGGAUAUCAGUGUGGCAGUCGCGACCCCGAAGGGGCUCGUGGUUCCCGUGAUCAGAGGCGUGGAGGGAAUGAACUUCACAGACAUCGAGAAAGCGAUUAACGAGCUGGGAGAGAAGGCUCGUAAGAACGAGCUGGCUGUGGAGGACAUGGACGGCGGCACCUUCACCAUCAGCAACGGAGGAGUGUUCGGCUCCAUGUUCGGGACUCCCAUCAUCAACCCGCCGCAGUCGGCUAUUCUGGGCAUGCAUGGCAUCUUUGAGCGUCCCGUGGCCAUCGCUGGGAAGGUUAGAUGGGAACGGCUUGGUGUUUUCUGUGCCUUGUGUCAGUCGAGUCUUUAACCGUAAAAGCUCCAUUCAUUUCCUCCAUAGGGACAUUUUUGUUAAUCAGUGGUUACCCUAACCCUUAUGUUUAAAACAAUCAUGUUGAAUUGAUGUAGGAAAAAAUACAUUCUCAAAGCAGCCUCCACCAAUCAGAGAGAUGGGGCGAGAAAACCGCACUUAAGCUCCACCCACUCUGGAACUUUAU